AUGCCGCGGAAGCAGGACGAGGUGGACGACGACGUGUUCUACGGUCUACGGUCGCUGGCGUACCAGGUGUCGGACAACCGGAAGUGGACGAUCAUGGCGAUGUUCGACCUUCUGUUUGGAAAAUGGUCGCUGCUCGAGCGGACAAAGGACACGGCGGAAGGACCGUCGGCGUGA